CCUCAAGCCGCGCGCAGCCUACCUCAAGGUUAUUUUCCCACAAUACCGUGACCGCCAUGAUGGCGGUCUGCGGAAGGCCACUUUCCUUCUUCUCGACUUCCAUGGAGGUCUUAUUUCAAUCUUAUCUCUCUGUCCUUGGAUCACAGAUAUCUUUUUUUGGUGUCGCAGUGGAAAUGGCUCGUUUGUUCAAGUUUUGGGCUGUUUGAGUUUUCUAUCUUAGGGGCGUUGAUACGCUUCAUCUACUUCAGAGCUUCAGUAUCCCCGUUUCCUUGUCUGAAAUUGGCCUCGAAUUCUAUACCGAACCAUCAAUCGAAAUAGAAUGUGGGGAAACCUCACAACCGAGUAACCCGACGUGUACUGGAUUUAAAACUGGAGGUUAACCUAUCGAUAUGACCAUCCCGCCCUUAGGGUUCACCUCCCAAACACCCAAAAUUAACACCCUUUCCCCGCCGUGACUUGCUAAAGGACCAUGACUGUGCCACUUCAGAAACGCGUGAGGUUCGCGAGGAACAGGACCGAAUACCCUAUACCAGCCAAUCCAGCCCGCACACGCACAUCCUCAUCAUCUCUUUCAUCUCUUUCAUCUUCAAAAGGCCCGGCAACACCUCCACCCUAUCGUUCAAUAAGCCUGCCCAGCCAUUCUCCUUAUCCAUCCUACACUCCAUCUAAGCGCGGUAUGAACCCCAUCCGUGUUCAUUACCUCCUCGCAUGCACCCAUGAACCAGCUCUCGACUUCGAUGUCACUAUUCCCAUAUCUUCUUUACCAUCUCGACACCGUCCACCCAGUUCGCUCCUCGCCGAACCCGCCUUAUCUCCAGCCGUUCCGUCAUUGAUUCUCACCACUCCUCUUUUACCCUGGUCAUUCACAAUCUAUCCCUCGAACGGAUACUACGUCAGCGUACGCGACGUUCUUGACGGGAUCUACCAUGCUCUUCGGAGCAGUGCUACUCAUAAAGAUUACCUUUUCGUUCCUUCGAGGAAGGACCAACAUCGGAUUCAUGAAGCUUACGAACGUCGGUGUAGUCGUAUUCGCGACUACCACGCGUCCAGAGAGGAAAAAAAGAGUGGAGUAAAGAGAGUCGAUUUCCUUCGGCAACGUACUCGGUUCAUUGGAAUCGCACCUUCCGAUGAUGCAAGAGCCGAUGUUUGGGAGCUUUGCCUAAAUUAUCAUUAAAUGGUUCUUUAUUGCGUUUGACCUCCACCAACCCCGUUUCCGAACGCGACAAAUUUCGUUUUGGGACUGUACUUUAAAAACAGGUUUUUCAUUUUUACGACUUGUACUUCUUUGGGAUGAUUUCACUUAUUGUUGUACUUAUACUCACGACACUGC